AUAGUGGAAUGGCUCGAAGGACCAUGCUUAGUUCUACACCCACUAGUUGCCCUUUCCAAUAAUGCACUCACUACCACUUUAUUAAAAACAGAAUGCGAAUGUAAUUUAGAGUUAAAAUGGUUUUAAUCAAUCACAAAAUAUGAGAUAAAUGUACAAUAUGAAUUAUGCGAGGCGAUGUUCAGAUGAAGCAACGAGAGAUGGUGUAGACUCGAAUGUAGCUCGGCGGCUGCGAAUGUAUCGACACUGAUGCAGCGCUCUGGAUUUGUGAUGACUCGAAUUAGCGCACUCAGGAUAAUCGUUAACGCGGCGAGUGUGUAAGCAAAGAUCUUGCAGAUGAAAGUUGAUGAGCGAACAGAGUUUGACGAAUUGUGUGAACGAAUGUUGAUGGAAGGUGUCGACGCGGCGCAGUGUGUAAAAAGAAAAUAGAUGUGCGAGGUGUAUCUGGCGAAAUGCGUAAACCACUGAAUCUGCUUUUCCGUUGUCCAUCCUUUUUUGAUGAGUAGGUGCAUGGGUAUGGUGAGUUGUGUUGGUGUCAUAAGCUGUGGUGAAUUAAGCUGCCUUAUUAGUGUGCGCCAGUUUUCACGGGUAGAGUGGGGGAAUGCUUAACUCAUUUAAACAGGCUGGAAAAGUGUUCCCUCCAUAAUUUAAGUAUGCUCUGGGCAUCGGUGACUAGAUCACCUUUGGGGGUUUUACAAGAGUAUGCUCCAGUCUUGAAACCUUCUGUAAGCCGCCGCAUUUUUUCAUAGAAUUUCCGAGCAUUACCCCUGUCGGCCAGCUUAUCAAGCUCUUCAUACUCACGCAUUUCGGCCUCUUUGUUUUUCUGUCUGCAAAUGCGUCUCGCGUCCCUCUUCAACUCUCCGUUUCUAUUCUAAGGAGUUGGAAAUGCCGUCCCACAGUUCCCUUAUACCGAGUUGUUGACCAGUGCUCUCAGAGAGCAGGAGUGCAAGCCGAGUAGAAAAUCGUUCUGCUGUCUGUUGUGAUUGCAUAUUCUCGACGUCGAACCUUCCUUGUAUUUGUUGACGUGCGUUUUUUGCUGCACAGAGGCGGGUGCGAAUCUUGGCUGCAACAAAAUACCUUGGAGCGUACGUACGUCUAGAACACUGGAGACGUGUCUUCCGUCUAUCACAACGCGAUCGAUCUGGUUGGUGGCUUUACGAUCCGGAGACAGUCAGGUAGCUUGAUGUAUUUUCUUGUGCUCGAAUCUAGUAGUACAGAUAACCAUAUUUCGGGCCACUGCGAAGUCGAUCAGCCUCCACCCAUUUGGGGAUGCUCCAAGCGCUCAUAGAAGGCAUCUUUGGUCAUAUGGGAAGGAAGCUUAGAACCAAGGUGUCGCCGUUUAGUUUGUUUUUCACCAGUUAUUCUGAAAUAUUGCGGGUAAGACCUGGUAGGAACUUGUUUGAUCGUUACGAGCGGGCUGUUAUAUUCACUACAAUGCCUACAAAAGACGAAUGUGCUUUUUCCACCUAUAAAACAAAUAACUUUGGUGAUAAAUUUUUGGAAGAAAAAUGGAUUACUAGUGGAAGCUUAGGAUCACGGGAUACUGUACUUGUUUUUCGACAUAAGAGUUUAGAAAAGAAAUCGAAGGACAUUAUAUUGUCUUCGAAAAAUGAAAUUUCAGAUACCAAUACGAAGAACGCUGUUUUUAACGAUUUCGUUGCAAAGGACGUUUCUGGGCUUAAACUUUAUAACAAGGGUUUACCUUCUAUAGAUGUUAUUCGAAAAGACAACGUAGCGCUGCCAAAACAUUUUACUAACUUUUUGGAAACGGAUAUUUCAAAAUUUCACAGCGAGGCUUGUGAAGUAGAUCCUGGCGAAAAAGUUGUAUUAGCUAGAAAAGAGUUUUCUCAAUCUAAUAUGGAGCGAAGUAAUUCCUACGAAACUUGUCAAGACACAAAUAAAGUUUAUGAGGAGGAUGACGACGAAGUUAUUAUGCAAUUCUCGAAUAUGCCAGCUUAUAAAAUGAAAAUUAAGUAUAAGUUUAUGCAAACUGAAACCAAGCUUUUGAGAAAAAUUUUUGCUUGUCAUGGUUUGUCGGAAGUCGGGGAAAAUGAGAGUUUCAGCAUUCUUUGGACAGGAGUACAUAUCAAACCUGAUAUUCUAAGAAAUCUUGCGCCUUAUCAACGUGUUAAUCACUUUCCAAGGUCUUAUGAAUUAACACGUAAAGAUCGUUUGUACAAAAAUAUUGAGAAAAUGCAACAUUUGCGUGGUAUAAAAAAUUUUGAUAUCGUACCACAGUCUUUCGUUUUGCCAAUUGAAUAUAAGGAACUAGUUUCAGCGCAUAAUAAAAAUCGCGGUCCGUGGAUUGUAAAACCAGCUGCUUCUAGUCGUGGACGUGGUAUUUUUAUUGUUAAUACACCAGAUCAAAUACCGCAAGAUGAGCAAGUUCUAGUUUGCAAAUACAUUACCGAUCCCUUAUGCAUCGAUGGUCAUAAAUGCGAUUUACGUGUUUACGUACUUGUUACGUCAUUUGAUCCACUAAUUAUUUAUAUUUAUGAAGAAGGUCUUGUUAGACUAGCUACAGUAAAAUAUGACCGUGCUGCUGAAAACCUAUGGAAUCCUUGUAUGCAUCUUUGUAACUACAGCAUUAAUAAAUAUCACUCAGAUUAUAUUAAAUCUAGUGAUGCCGAAACUGAAGAUGUUGGUCAUAAGUGGACUCUCUCCGCUUUAUUACGACAUUUAAAAUCACAAGGUUGUAAUACUAAUGAAUUAAUGGGGAACAUUGAAGAUUUGAUAAUUAAAUCCAUAUUUGCUUGUGCUCAAACUAUUAUAUCAGCUUGUCGCAUGUUUGUUCCAAGUGGUAGCAAUUGUUUUGAAUUGUACGGAUUUGAUAUCUUAAUAGAUAGUAGUCUUAAACCUUGGCUUUUGGAAGUUAAUUUAUCUCCCUCAAUGGGCGUUGAUAGUCCGUUAGACUCUAAAGUAAAAGCAUGUCUUAUUACGGAUCUCUUAACCUGUAUUGGUAUUCCAGCAUAUUCUACUGAGAUGCGAGCCCAAUACGACAACAAAUGGACGCGUUUUCGUAAUAUAAACUCCACUCGACGAAUUACAUUAGCGGAUCAAUACAUGAGCGGCAAUUGUAACGGCACACGUCGUUUGACAGCGAGCUCCAUCCCUAUACAACAAACACUUACGCUAGAAGAGCAAAGAAUUAUUAAAAAUGCGAGAUUACAAUAUGAUAGGCGAGGUGGAUUUGUUCGUAUUUUCCCGACAGAUGAUAGCAUGCAACGCUACGGUAGCUUUCUUGACAAUUCUACAGGAAUACCAAUAUCAACUCCAAUGGCACAUGGGCAAAUGCCGUACUCUAUGAUCCUACCCCAUAAUUAUAACCAAGUUUUAUUUAACUGCUUAUAUGCGAGUGCAAAUGAUAAAAAAGAAAGUAAUGAACUUUUACAAAGAAUGUGUCAAUAUGAACGUGCACUAGCCGUUGGAUCAUUAGUGUCAUUUAGUAGUAAAAAUCUUAAAUUAAAAUCUGAGGAAGAAGGAAAACGUUUACGCAAUGAAAUUAUAAAAUUGAUUGAUAAUGGCUCUGAACUAACUCAAUUGCAAGCUAGGCAGGCAUUCGCAUUAUACUUAGAAGCAAUUUUACAUCGAAUCACUCAUGAACCGAGAGAUUUUCAUGAAAAGAUAAUUUUAAAAUUCUUGAAUAGGUUAGGGGGCAAUAUUAAAACACCGACAGUACUUUUUCAUAACCCACAGAACUCUCGUGGUAAUAGCAAAGCCAGAACAGCUAUGGUCGCAAAACAGUUGGGCGAUUUUCUUGAGCAAUACAAUCGAGAUACGGAAGCUUACGUGGAUUCGUUUGAUCAUUUCGGUAUGAUACCUAGUGGAUUAUUCGGUGACUUUUUGGCUCAAUCUCAAGAGGCAGAUUUGGAAGCUGUCCUAGCACUUCAUACGAAUGUUACUGGUAACAUGCCGUACCUUUAUAACAGAUUUGGAUUAUCAGUGCCUCAAACCCCUCCUAUACCAUCUGGAUUACAUGGGUUUCUAAGGGCUUUGCCAGCUAUGGUGUUAACUGGUUCUGUCGCCAGAGACUUUAAUAAAUUUGACGGAUAUUAUAAAAACAACGAAAAGAAUUUUAAUAUCUUAAGAAAUUGAAAUUUGAUUAAAACGUCCAACAAUCAAAUAAAUAAUAAAUUAAAUGCUUUAAACAAUUAAGUAAACAGUAUUGGUUGAAUCUACCAAUAGAUAUAAUCAUCCUAUCUUUCACCUAUUUCACAUCAAAAUUCGCAAAUUUUUAGCUUAAAUUUUAAAUAGUAAAACUUUAAAUUAACCACCGCUUGUGAUUAUAAAAAUUGUCUGUAGCUUCUCGGAAUUUAUUAUGUAAUACGUUUCAAGUAUAUCUUAAUUUAUAUAUUUAUAACUAAAUUAAAUACCUCCCAAUGUAAAGUUUAAAUUACACUUUUUUAAUGAAAUACACUUAAUCUUCACUUUUAA